AUGCGCCAUUGCGGCGACGUGAACGCUCUGAUAGACACAAUCUACGCCGGUCUCUCUCCCUCUGCCAAUGCCCUUCCUCCUGCCGACUUCUUCCUCCAUCGGACCAUCCUAUCAGCCCGCAAUGAAGACGUCGAUGAUAUCAAUCACAGGGUGCUCGAUCGUAUGCCUGGUGAGGAACAAAUCUAUCCCUCCGCCGACAAGAUCAUC